AUGACAGAACCUGCGACAUCAUCAUCCUCGUCUCUUCCCUUAGAUAGUGUUUCAAAACUGUCUCUGUCUCCAUCAACGAACGAGAUCACAGUGUCCGUAGUACCGGACUGUUUGCACCCUGUGGCGAUCCAUGAUAACAAAGGCUCGUGGAGCCUCGAAAGGAUCCCUCUGUUCCUCUUUAGACCCAGAGCUCUUGCUGCUUCUGAGUAUUUCUUGGGAGGGAUAAGGCGAUAUGAGCCAGAAGAGGAGGAGGAAGAGCUUUCAUCUCCUAUCCAAUGCUCGGUGAAAGUGGAGAUUCCAGGAUCAUCUGAUCGGAGGUUGAUGAAGAUGAAUGAUUGUCAGAUCCUCCCUCUUGGCCAUCAGUACAGAAUGAUUGGUUGCAAUGCUAAAGAGUACAUAAACGUGGUUGUUCUUCCUCUAAACCAGGAGGGAGGAGGAGGAGGAGAUUUUGUUGUUCUCCUUAACUUCACUAAAGUUUUGUUGGUGUAUAGAAGCACUGAGAUGAGGUGGAGGCGGUUACAUACACAGCCAUUCACAACAGCUACGUGCGAGGAGCUAUUCACUUUCAGAGGCAAGUUUUAUGCAAUCUUUAUUAGCGGAGAUUUUUUCGCUUUCGAUCCUCAUUUCCUGGGACUGACUACCUUGAAGCCCUUGGAGCUACCCAACUGUGGUUCAUGCAAUGAUCUGGUUCAAUCUGGCGACGAUGAACUUUUCCUUGUUGAGACAAUCAUCCCUCGUAAUGACGAUGUGUUAAGUUUCAAUCGGUUAACGCUAAGAGUGUGUAGGCUAGAUGUGGAGGCUGGUCAGUGGGUGGUGGUCACCGACAUAGGAGACCGUGUGUUUAUUAUUGGAGAGUUUGGGAGUGUCUCGUGCUCAGCUAAAGAGUUUCCUGAGGGUUGUGGCGUGAGUGGGAACUCAAUUUUGUAUACUCUUUUUUUUUUUGAGCAAACAAACAUUUAA